AUGGGCUCUUUAAUCAAGUCUAUUAAACACAUUCUGCUCUUUAAUCAAGUCAACAACAGCACCUGUGUGAAAUCUUCAAGAAAAGACAUUUUCAAGCAGAAGCCAGGAUCUCAACAAACUUCUGGAUGUUCAAGCUUAAUAUUUGGAAAAUUCUAUAAAACAUGUGUGAAAUCUUCAAGAAAAGACAAUUUCAAGAUGAAGCCAGGAUUUCAACCCUCUUCUGGAUGUUCAAAUUUUAAAAAUUGUGUCCAUAAACAGAAUGUCAGCAAUCAUCCAGACGAUUAUGAAAUAACAUUCUUAACCCUCCUCAACCCAAGGGGCUCUUUAAUCAAGUCUAAAAAACAUGUGUGAAAUCUUCAAGAAAAGACAAUUUCAAGAUGAAGCCAGGAUUUCAACCCUCUUCUGGAUGUUCAAGUUUUACAAAUUGUGAAAUGUCAUAACAUUCUUAACCUUCCUCAAGAGGCUCUUUAAUCAAGUCAACAACAGCACCU